UCACCUGACUGGGCCUCUCCACCCCCUUGCAGUGACACACGACGUGGGAGAGGAAGGGGAGGGGAGCCCUUUAUUGCCUUUCUGUCUCUUGUCUUAAAAAUUAUUAUUAUUAUUAGGCUUUCUUAAAAGGGGGGCUUCAAAGACCGAGGGGGGCUUCUGAGGAGAGAAGGGUUUGGUUUCUUCUCGGGGGGCGGCCGGGUGGUUCAGCGCAGGGUCAGGGCGCGCCGGCGGCUCCUCCUCUGCGCCCUCCUUCCCUCUCCACCCAUGUCCCUUUCAAAAUGGCUGGGAUCCCUUUGUAUUUUGUGGAUUUGCAGGAUGACUUAGAUGAUUUUGGGUUUGAAGACUAUGGACCAGAUUGUGAUAGCAUGAGGAUAACAGCGUUCUUGGACAUUCCGGGGCAGGAUAACUUGGCUCCUCUUGCACGUCUGGAAAAAUAUGCUUUUAGCGAUAAUAUAUUCAACAGGCAAAUCAUUGCCAGAGGUCUACUUGACGUAUUUCGUGAUUUCAGUCAUAAUGAUGAAGAUUACUUGACAGUAAUGGCAAUAGUGGUGAGGCUGUCGGAAGAUACAGAACCUACCGUACGGACUGAACUAAUGGAACAGAUACCACCCAUUGCCAUUUUUCUGCAAGAGAGCAGACCAAACUUUCCUACAGCUUUUUCAGAGUAUCUAAUGCCCAUUGUGGUGAGAUACCUCACAGACCCAAAUAACCAGGUUAGAAAAGCCAGCCAGGAAUCUCUGGUGAUAUUGCUGGAGCAAGGGCUUGUUGGUCAAAAUGAUAUUGAAAAUAAAGUAUGCCCAAUCCUGUUGGACCUCUCUGCUCCAGAGAGUGAUGAUGAAUACAAGGUGGAAGCUGUCAACAUUAUCUGCAAAAUGGCUUCUAUGGUAAACAAGUCGACAGUUGAACGUUUGCUUCUUCCCCGAUUCUGUGAGCUCUGUGGAGAUGGGAAACUUUUUCAAGUCCGGAAGGUUUGUGCAGCAAAUUUUGGUGAUAUCUGCAAUGCUGUAGGGCAAGAAGCUACAGAGAAGAGCUUGAUUCCUAAGUUUUUUGAGCUUUGCUCCGAUAGCGUUUGGGGUAUGAGGAAGGCGUGUGCCGAAUGCUUCAUGGCUGUCUCCUACACGACGUCACCUGAAGUUAGAAGAAGCAAGUUGUCUCCCCUUUUUAUCAGUCUCAUCAGUGACCCUUGCAGAUGGGUUCGCCAAGCUGCUUUCCAGUCGCUUGGGCCAUUUAUUUCUACUUUUGCAAACCCUUCCAGUGCUGGUCUUUACAUUCGGGAAGAUGGGACCCUCAGCAUCCGACCUUCCAGCCCCCGACCAGCAGACAACCAUACAAAUACUAUGCCAUGCAGUUCAGAAACAUCUGUGGAGAAUAAAUCCGAAUCAGUGACCGAUGGACCCUCUGCUAGCUGCACGGCUUGCUCUGCAAAUUCACCUGCUCAAGAAGAAAGCUCAGCUGCACAUAUUAAUUCUGGGAUGGACUUGACUCGAUUGAGUCAGAGUGACUGUGUUGGUACUUGUGUGGCCAAGGAUAUGAAAGACUGUCCAAUCAGCAAUUGCAGAGGAAUGAACUCCAGGGUCCAGUCUGCAGAAGACGUGUUUAAUACUUUCUUAUACUGGCGUCCUCCCCUUCCUGACAUAAGCCAGGAUCUAGAACUGCUUCAGUGCAAAACAGAGAGGCACGAAGAAAGCUGCUCGGCGUCAGAAGCACUUUGCAACAACUGCGUCGCCAGUAGUGAAAUUAAAAAGGUGCUGCAAAGUUUGCAGGAGCACAUGGAUGACCCUGACGUUCAAGCUCAGGUUCAAGUAUUGUCUGCUGCACUUAGAGCUGCUCACCUGGACUCUGUCAAUGACUAUGAGGUCAAACAAGAUGAGGAAGUUAAUAGUAACGACCAGGAAGAAGUAUCCCUUUUGGACCCCGAUCACAACACAGAGAACGAGAGCACCCCGCCUUUGUCGCCAGCCCUGGGAGAGACAAUUGACUCAUAUGGUCCAACUGUAAUGAAAAAUGUGGAUGUAGAAGUGCUCAAUGGGACCGACAAACCUUUAGAGAUAGAAGAUAACGAUUCACCCUUCGAAGAAGAUAAAUCAAAAUUACAGGAUAUCAUACCUCAGCCUUUAUUGGACCAGUACUUGUCAAUGACGGACCCUGCUCGAGCACAGACGGUUGAUAUGGAAAUAGCAAAACACUGUGCCUACAGUCUUCCUGGUGUGGCCUUAACGCUGGGGAGACAGAAUUGGCAUUGCUUGAAAGACACCUAUGAAACUUUGGCAUCUGAUGUACAGUGGAAGGUACGUCGGACACUGGCUUUCUCGAUUCACGAGCUGGCUGUUAUUUUGGGAGAUCAGCUCACAGCGGCAGAUCUAGUGCCCAUUUUCAAUGGCUUCUUAAAAGAUCUGGAUGAAGUGCGUAUUGGAGUCCUUAAACACCUGUACGACUUCCUUAAGUUGCUUCAUGCAGACAAAAGGCGCGAGUACCUUUACCAGCUUCAAGAGUUUGUGGUUACUGAUAACAGCAGGAAUUGGCGGUUCCGCUAUGAACUUGCAGAACAACUGAUUCUGAUUCUGGAGCUCUACAAUCCCAAUGAUGUAUAUGACUACCUACGACACAUUGCACUAACGCUCUGUUCAGAUAAAGUCUCUGAAGUCAGGUGGAUCUCCUUCAAGCUGGUUGUGGCAAUACUGCAGAAGUUUUACGCCAAUGGUGCAAACUCUCUGGGGUUGAAUUUCAUCAAUGAGUUGAUUGUGAGGUUCCGCCAUUGUUCCAAGUGGGUUGGAAGACAGGCAUUUGCCUUCAUCUGCCAGGCAGUGGUGGAAGAGGAGUGCAUGCCUGUUAACCAUUUUGUGGAACACCUGUUGCCCAGCCUCCUGAGCUUGGCUUCAGAUCCUGUGCCAAAUGUGAGGGUUCUGCUUGCCAAAGCUCUGAGGCAAACACUGUUGGAGAAAGCUUAUUUCAGAAGUGUGGGCAACCGUCAUCUCGAAGCUGUGGAGGAAACUGUUCUGAUUUUGCAAGCUGACAGGGAUCAAGACGUUGCCUUUUUUGCCACCAUCAAACCAAAACACCACACUAUGCACAUGACUUCCCUCGAAAAGCAACAUUAACUUUGUUCGUCUCUGUGGAUCGCAAACGUUUGUGGCAAAUAACCAGGAAGGAAGACUGUAUCAAGCAAUCAAUGCAACCCAAGAGAAAAGGGCUUGUUCUUAAUUCAGUCACAUAACUGAGGGACGUGUGGAUCUAUCCACAGACUGGCAAUACGAUUUGGAAUAUUCCACCACUUUACUUUCCCCGACUCCCUUUUACAAACGUGGGGAUUAAGGUAUUUACAUCUGCAUUUGUGGGGAAUGCACGCUUCUGCAUCCGCCAAGGUAACAGGAAUAUGCCUUUUGAAAUUUGCUGACUCACGGACAAAGGAAGUGAAUUGCUUGGUCACCACUUCAGGCUUGAGCUAAUCCCGUCACCAGACUAUGGACACUUAACACGCAUUUUGUUACUAAACUGUUCGGUUGUUCAUGGCAUUUCAUUUCAUCAUAUCAGUUUACUCAACUCAAGCAUUUCGAAACUCAGCAGAUAAUUCAGAAAACUUGAAUCAGUAUCUGUAACAAACCCAAGCCAUUUUUUUAGAAAGGCAAAAAUACAGCACAGUUGUCUUGGUAAAGCAAAGCAAUUUCCUCUUUUUGUCUCAGAUGAUAUUUUUUAAAAUUCACUUUGUGAACUGUGGCAUUUUAGUCUCAUGUGUUGGUGUGCGUUAAAUGAAAAAUAAUCCUUUGUAGUGGUCGCUUUCCUUCAUUCCUGCUAACCCUCAAUUUCCUCUUCCUGCUAGACCUGUGAGGCAGAUACAGUCCUCAGAUCGCGAACUCGGAGGUAGUCCUUACGUUCGGUUAGGACUACUCUGAAGUAAGUGGUUUGAAGUUUGUAGGUUUGAAUUGUUAAUACUUCAGUGCUAGAAUACAGUGGAGAUUCGUUUUAAGUUUUGCAAAAUCUGUCAAAACGUUCCUUUUUGAAUACUAGGAGACACAAAGAAUAAAGUCCAAAAUGUGAGUUCUUGAAAUGCAAAUUUUUGCUUGUAUGUAAGCAAUAACUCUGACAUUCUGGGUUUCUGUGCUUUACCCAAUGAGAAUUCAUUUUUCCGAUUAAGAUCAGUUGGAAUUUCAGAGUAGAGUCCAGCCUGUGAAAGUUGCUGGCUGGGAUUCAGCAGCUGUAUUUAAGGUUCCACAUGUACAUUAAUCAGGGAUUUUCUACCAACUUCUUCCUAUCACAGGACCCUACCCCAAAAUGCCUUUGAAGGGUUGGCAGGGUUGGAGGGCUUGCUUGAGUAGCGUUUUGUUAGGUGUGAGGGGCUGCUGCCAUAAGAGCAGAGUACCCUCUUUCUGGAAGAUUACUUAGUAUGUGUGCUCUGACUGCAAGCCAUUUUGGUUAAUUAUGGUAAACUGUUUGCCCUUGGACUGAAUAUGCAUUAUUAAGAUUCUAUAUCUUUCCAAGGUUCCUAUAUGUACUAAUGAAAUCCAUUUCACUAAGGCAGAUUCACAGGUUAAUUUCUUGGUCCAGGGAUCAUUACUCAGAAGUAAUCCUAUUUCUGGAUCCCCAUGGAAACUUAAACCCGUCAGUAUGAUACACAACUGCUCUGGGAACUCUGGAGUCCAACUCUGGAAACUCAGAUUUCAUGCAUUAUACGCAAGCAAAUUUGGUGUCUGGCCCAGCUGUUCAUUGAGGCUUGCUCACAGAAGUGAUCACUACUGAAUUAAAUUUUAACUAGUGAAUUGACGACAAACAGAACAAUUCUACAGAAGGGUCUUAUCGGUUUCUUUCCCUUGAAAUGUGAACCCUCUCAUAAGGGGUGCUCUAUAUAAUCUUAAGGCUCUGAUGCAUGAUUGGAUAAAAAAUGAUUUUGUACAGUAACAAAUCUCAUUUAAUAGAAAGGAAAAUAUAUUCUGUCCAGCAUUUGUGUAGACCACAGUGUUGUAUUAAGUGUCUAUUUAACUCCUGGUAAGUUUUGAGGACUUAAAAGAAAAAGGGUUUACUUUUCACAGUUGCCUAUGAAACUCAGGCUAAGAAAAAAAUAAUGUUCCAGAUUUGCAAUACAGUGUUUAGCAUUUAUAAUAAUGUUAUUUGCUCUGCCAGUUCCAGCAGAUUCCUAUAUUGCUUUUAGAAAUGAUCUAGAAAAAUGUGUCUUAGCUGUUUCAGCAUUAAACAUCAAUAUAAGCCGUGACUUCUGCAAGGGAGUUCUGUGCUUAAACGUUGUAAUAAGUUGGAAACAAAUGCCUCUUCAAUGCAAAUGAAUUUUAUGACUGCAAUUUCUCAGCAAAAAAAAUGUCAAUUUUUUUGUAAUUUUAGUAUCUUUUUCUAAUGCUAACAUUAUACAGGUGUUUUUUUAACAGUUCAGAUUUUUCUAAACUUUUUGAAACCAGUUAUGUUUUUGUUUGUUUCUGUUGACCGCGACAAGUCGUUAAAUUUCUCAGCUCUGAUUAUUGUGUUUUUUUUUAAAGUGUAUAUAGAAACAUUUGAAAAAAGAACUAUAUAUAGUUUGUUCUUUGAACAUAACCCAGUUUUGGUUGCCAUAUUGUUAGUUCUAGAUUGAGAUGUACCCUUUGCCUCACAAGCCGGACUAAAUAACAUAAACUUCCACGUGUCUUUUAGAAAGCUGGGGUAGUUUUCAUGAAGGAUUUUUUUAAAUCACUUGUGCAUGAGUAAGUCACAGAAUUUAAUUUUUACCGACGUAACAAAUCCAAUUUUACACUUAGCGAACACCUUUUCCCCCCCUAACACCAGACAUUUUGUCCUUUUUGAAAAUGUGCUUUUUUUUAAAAAAAAAAAAGUCUUUAAGAAUCUGUAGUUGCAUGUACUAGAAAAGAGAAUUUUGUGCAGUUCUAUCAACUUGCUUUUCCUUUUCCCACACUUUGCGGUCUCCUCUCGCCGACUCAAGAUAUACGGAGGGGUUUUUUUGCAUUUGGUUCCCUACUGGCAACGGGUGUAAACUGUAAAGAGCUACACCUGUGCAACUUCCAUUCAUUCAAGCAGGGCUUAUUUGUAAUUCUGCAAGUGCCACUCAGAAUAUCUGACAGGUGUCCAGUAUCUAUUUCGUAACUGCCCUUCCUUCUCCCUCUGGUAUAAUUUAAGCAUGACUGGAUGGCAGCACCUUAUAGAUCAUUUUCGGAAAAAAGACAAGACACGUGCAACGAAGAUGAAAGUACCAUAUUCACUGUAUAAUAAAUUAUGUCAACAUUCCCUUUUAAAUCACCAUAACAAAGCAAAAUGUCUAAAGUUAGCCACUCUUCUCUUGCCAAAGCUGCAAGGGUUUCAAAUACAUUUGGAUAUGAGGUGAGGAAAACAACCUUGGUGGUGCAAUACUGAAAUCUCGGGCACUUGUAAUCCAAAGCAUGUUAGUCAUUUGACUGAGAAAUCAACCCUGCUGUUGUUUGCUGUAAAUGAUUAUAAUCUGGGCGCCUCUUGGAAAACCUGCCCGAGUGGCAGAUGUAUGUAUGUGUUUAGGGCCCAAAUAGAUCGAGACACUCUGGGAGUGCCGCGGAUUUUUGUCAAGAGCAUAGACUCUAUGUAUCUUCCUAUUCAUAUUUAUCCCAAUAAAUCGAUUGUCUGUUUGA